AUGAAGAUCAGUAUUCUACUCACGGUUUUAGUCCUCAUCCUCUUCUUGGGCGCUCAGGCCGGACCUGCAAAAUUUAUCAGAAAGAGAUAUUGCGGUGCUAAAAUGUUAAACAUCUUGGAAAAAUACUGUGACCCAUCGGAGAAAUGCUCGAUUCCAUCAGAAGAGGAUUUGCAUGACAUUUGCGCAAAAGGUGUUACCAUGGAGCAGCUCACAUCUUACUGCUGUGAGGAGAGCCAAUAA